AUGGGGAGAAUCGACUAUUUGAAUAUGAAGACCGAUCAAGAAACAGCGGAAUUGCUUAAUUCAGAUUUCAAUGAACUCAAGAUGGCUGCCAAGAAACUCAUUGAUCAUGCUACCAAAUUGGGUGGCCUUGGCUUUGGCACUUCUUUACUCAAAUGGGUUGCCUCUUUUGCUGCCAUUUAUUUGUUGAUCCUGGAUCGAACGAAUUGGAGAACAAACAUGUUGACUUCACUUCUGGUUCCUUAUAUUUUCUUAAGUUUUCCUUCGGGGUUGUUCCACUUGUUAAGGGGUGAGGUUGGAAAAUGGAUUGCUUUCAUUGCAGUUGUAUUGAGGCUUUUCUUCCCCCGACAUUUUCCAGACUGGCUGGAGAUGCCUGGUUCGUUGAUUCUUCUUUUGGUUGUUUCUCCAAAUUUCUUUGCUCACUCCAUGAGAGACAGCUGGGUUGGCGUCGCAAUAUGCCUUGCCAUUGGUUGUUAUCUGCUGCAAGAACACAUCAGAGCGUCUGGUGGAUUCCGCAACUCCUUCACGCAAAGCCACGGCAUCUCAAACACAGUUGGCAUUAUCCUCUUGUUGGUGUAUCCCAUUUGGUCUCUGGUAGUCCGUGCUGUCUGA